UCCUCCUUUGCAGGCCUCUCCUCAGCCGUUUAUUAUGCAUUGAUCAGCUGUGCUGUAUUCAGAGACAUCCAGCCGACAGGAUUAAUACAUUCUUCUGAACUGCGCUGCUGCAUCUGCGAAAAUGUCUAAUCUGGCAGAGUUUCAGAAGAUGGCAGAGGAUGUGAAGAAGGUGAAAACGAGGCCUACGGACCAGGAGCUGCUGGACCUGUAUGGACUUUAUAAGCAGGCAAUAGUUGGAGAAAUUAACAUCGAUAGACCAGGAAUGACAAAUUUGAAAGGAAAAGCUAAGUGGGAUGCCUGGAACUCCAGAAAUGGAAUGUCCAAGGACGAUGCCACUUCAGCCUACGUUACACUUGCAAAGGAAGUCAUCAGCAAAUAUGGCAUGUAAGGCUUGCAAUAAACUGAAGAGGCUAAAUUAAUGCAAAAAUGACAAAAUGUCUACCAUCUCAAUAACUGAAGAAAUGUUGUUAUCUCUAUAACAAGUAUCCUUGUGCUUUCAGAGGCCAUAAUUAUGCAGGAUUAAGUGUAAUAAAAAAUGUGCUGUGA